AUGGAGCGGACGCGGUACGACGCACGCGCGUCGCCGAGCGCACCGGCGCCGGUGGAUACAAACGUAGUGCGCGUUCCUAGAGCGCAGAGCGUGCUGGGAAAGAGCAGCACGCCAGCUCCCGCCGCGCCGCGCGCGCGUGCGCCGAUUUCCAUACGGCCGAUCCGCGCGCGGACACAGCCGACGCCCCAGGCGUCGCCGCAAGAGACGCGGCAGCCGUCGCCGGUGCUGCGCGCAUCCACAACAAGAGACGCGGCGGCUAGCACGACCACGCCCCCGGCGCAGCCGCGCGCACAAAGCGCCAACACGUCGGGGCGACGCGCCGCUUUUCAGGGCACCACCGACACGCCGCCCAGCACGGGUGGGACGACCGUCGGGACAGGCGCGCGUGUCGUCGCGCCGUCGCGCGCGCCGUCGCGUGCGGCACGGUCGGCGACGACAACGCGGUGCCCGUCGCGCAUCGGCGACGGGCCCCGGAGCGCCUCGCCGGUCCAGCUCGGCUCCUCGCCCGAGGGCCGGGGGCGGCCGUGGGCGGCGUCCGCUACGCCAAACACCGCAGACAGCGACCGCAUGGCCCGCGUGCGGCGCUCGCCGACCUCGCCGACGAGCGAAGUGCGCAAUGCGCGCCUUUCGCCAAGCCCCCCCCGCUCCAAGCAGCGCCCAGAGAGCCGCGUCGGAGCGGCGCCCGUGGCGCCCGUGGUGCAGCGUGCGCGCAGCGACGUGACGCCGCGCGCGGCCGACCUCAGCGGCUCGUUCCUCGAACACGGCCGGUCCCCCGCGUCGGCGCUCGGCACGCCGGCCGGGCAGCACGCACACCCCUUUACGCCGCACGUCGCGCAUGCGACGCCCGAGGUGCGGCCGUCCAACGAGCAAUUCGAUGCGAAAAACGAACGCAAGCUGCUGGAUUUGGAGAUUUCCAACAAAAGCUUGCUGGUGAUCAAUGCGACGCUCGAGUCGGCCAAGCUCAAGCAGGCUAAAGAGCUACGUAUGCUGCGCCAGCAAAUCUUCCACGCACAGGUCGAGCAGGCCUCGGACCCGACCGAGGUGUACGGCCUCGAGUCGCAGGCGGUCGGCGGCGAGCUGGCCGAGCUGUUGCAGACUACCAAGAUGCAAGACAAGGAGAGUCUUCCCGCGCAGGUUGCGCGCGCCUUUGCGCAGCAGGACGAGGAGCUGCACGAGAUGCACGCACGAUGCCGUCAGACCAUCGACACGCUGAUGGAAGAGGCGCGUGCGGCGAUCCUUGCGCGGCCCGACGGCGAGCAGUCCAAGAGCCGUGUGUUGCACCCCUCGGAGAUUGCGCACGACGGCGAGGAGGCGGACGAGGACGGGCUUGCCCCCCUCCCCUCGCCCCGCGGCACGCCCGAUCCGCACGCGGCGCACGCGCAGGACCUGUCGGUCGACUAG